ACCCAAUGGCAGUGUCCCUAAGCUUGUACUGCAAUGAAGCACCAAAUGAGAUUGUUGUCUCCUGCGAAGCUUGUGGUGAUGAUGAUGAUGAUAAUGAAAGUGAUCACUGCUCAGUCGACUACGACGACGAUUUAUUGAUUAAUUUGUUUGAGACCGAGGUCGAUCAGAUGCUGGAAUCCAAGGUUGUUUCAUCAAGAUUUCAUCAUAGUAUUGUUACUGCUCGUAAAGAUGCUAUCCAAUGGAUGUUAAAGGUUCACUGUUUCUACAGGUUUAGGCCUGAAACUGCUUAUCUUUCAAUUAAUUACAUGGAUCGAUUCCUAUCAGCUCGACCUUUGCCGCAAGGGAAAGGUUGGCCAAUGCAGCUUUUAUCAGUAUCAUGCCUUUCACUAGCAGCAAAAAUGGAGGAAACAACUGUUCCUUUUCUCCUAGACUUGCAAAUAAUGAAACCCAGAUUCUUGUUUAAGCCCAAAACAGUCCAAAGAAUGGAGGUUUUAGUCAUGCAAACCUUGAAUUGGCGAUUGCGUAUCAUUACACCUUUCGAUUUUGUACAUUGUUUCAUUGCCAGGAUUUCGUCAUGUUUUAGUGAUUCCCACCAACCAAACAGGCUUUGUCACCUGUUUUCUUUAGCGUCUGAUCUCAUUAUUAAUACAUGUAUAGCAGCUAUUGAUUCAUUGGAUUAUCCUCCAUCAGCAAUUGCUGCAGCUGUGGCACUAUGGAUCACUAAUCACAGUGUUGAUGAACAGAAUUUGGGGCACUUGCACAAUGGAGUGAACCAAGUAAUUAACACUGGAAUGGUGAAAAAGAUUUACAAGGUUAUUGAAGGGAAAAGGUCUAGUUUGAAGCUAAUGCCUCAAAGUCCCACAUGUGUGCUUGAAGCUGCUCUGCUUUGCAAGGAAAUUGCUAAAUACUGAUGAAGAUUUGCCAUUUGCAAAAUAAGUGCUGAGAGAGCUGGGAAUUAUAGUGUUUGAGCUUUUUUUUUUUUGAUAAAGGAGAAAACAAACAAAAAGAAGUUUUGGUUUGUAAUUGUGUGCAAUUCUUUUUCUUUCUUUUCUUUUUUCUUUUGGGUGUAUUUUUACUAUGGGUAAUUGAUAUUGUUUAAGGAGGAUGUUUUUUUAAUUAUUAGUAUUGUUUUUUUUAAAUAGAUACUCAUUAAAAAUAUAUAAAAUUUUUGAGUGUUUUUUCA